AUGGUUAAGGCUGUUGCUGUUCUCCGUGGUGACGCUAAGGUCGCCGGCACCGUGACCUUCGAGCAGGCCAGCGAGAGUGCCCCCACCACCAUCACCUGGAACAUCACCGGCAACGACGCCAACGCCGAGCGUGCCUUCCACGUCCACCAGUUCGGUGACAACACCAACGGCUGCACCUCCGCCGGCCCUCACUUCAACCCCUUCGGCAAGAACCACGGUGCUCCCACCGACUCCGACCGUCACGUCGGUGAUCUCGGCAACUUCCAGACCGAUGCUGAGGGUAACGCCAACGGCUCCAAGCAGGACAGCCUCGUCAAGCUGAUCGGCGCUGAGUCCGUUCUCGGCCGUACUCUCGUCGUCCACGCCGGUACUGAUGACCUUGGCAAGGGCUCCAACGAGGAGUCCAAGAAGACCGGUAACGCUGGUCUCCGCCCCGCUUGCGGUGUCAUCGGUAUUGCCGCUUAA